AUGCGUUUCUUCUCUGCAACCUUCCUGCUGAUAUCAGUAGUGAGUUUACCCGCUGAAGCGGGCAAAUGUCCCAAAGUGUGCAGCUGUGACAGCACCAAACUCACGGUCGCCUGCAUCGGCAAGAAUUUAACUGAGGUUCCCCCAAGUAUAGAUGAGAUUACAGUGCAACUCGACCUGAGGAAUAACAACCUACAGGAGCUGUCCAGGGGAGCGUUCACCCUCACACCCUACCUCACCCACCUCAACCUGCAGCGUUGCAACAUUAUCAAGGUGAAGGAGGGUGCUUUCCGGUCUCUGGGUCGCGUGGUCUCCCUAAACCUGGCUUAUAACAAAAUUGAUGUCCUUUACCAACUACAGGAGUCGUUUGAUGGCCUCUCCUCCCUGAAGGAACUGCACCUGGACCAUAACCGUGUGGAGGAGAUCCAGCCUGGAGCCUUUGCACAGCUUGGUUUCCUCAACAUGCUGGCCCUCACCCACAAUCAGCUAGUUUACAUCCCCAACAUGGCCUUCCAGGGCCUGAACAACAUUAAGUGGCUCCGUCUUAGCCAUAACUCCCUGAACAACUUGGCCCCUGAGGCGUUCACUGGACUGUUCACCCUCAGCCGCCUCAGCCUGGACCACAAUGAGCUGCAGUUCUUCCCCACUCAGACCAUGAACAGACUGCGAGAGGUCACACGCCUGGACAUGAGCCACAACCCCAUGAUCUACCUCGGAGAAGAAUCCAUCUCUAUGCUGAAACUCACACACCUCUACCUUGACCACAUGUCCCUUCAGGACUUGUCAGAUCAGGCUUUGUCCGGCGCCCCCCUCCUCUCCCACUUGGACCUCAGCCACAAUCAACUUCGUUAUCUGGAGCCUCUGUCAGGCCCCAAGCAGCUGCGGAGCCUCAACCUGACAGGCAACCCGGUCUACUGUAACUGCUACAUGCGGCCCCUGAAGGUGUGGGCUCGUGUCGGUGGUGUGAAGCUGCUGGGAGUGUGUGCUGGACCUCCUCACCUCUCAGAUGAGCCGCUGCAGACCGUGGCUCCUCUGGAUCUGCGCUGCCGCAGUCGGGGGGAGACACUAAAAGAUGAAUUUGAGAAGGAUGAUGAGAGCACAGGAAGUCCCCCACCCACAGCCAAGCCCAAGCAGAAAGUCAAGUGUCCAGUUAACUGUGACUGUGACAUUGAAGCCCAACACGCCACAUGUGAGGGUCGAGGUCACACCAAAGUCCCGCGAGGUUUCCCCACCAAGACGCAGCUGCUUGAUCUCCGCAGCAACCACUUCCACUACCUUCCUGCCAACAGCUUCCCAGGCACCAGCCAAGUUGUUUCUCUUCACCUGGAGUUCUGCAAAAUCCAUGAAAUCGAAGGUGGUGCCUUUCGAGGUAUGAAGAACCUACUUUAUUUGUAUCUUUCUGAUAAUGACCUCACUUCCUUGGAUCGUGAAGCCUUUGCUGGAGUUCCCGAGCUCACCUACCUGCACCUGGAGGGGAACAGGCUGACGCAGUUCCCUGGAUCAGCUCUGGCACUUUUACCAAGUCUGUUUGUGUUACACCUGGAGCGAAAUGCCAUUUCCAAACUAGAGCCCACUGGUUUGCUGUCCUCAGUCACCCCUAAGCUUAAGGAACUUUACUUGACCAAUAACACCAUAACAUCCAUUGCCAAGGGUGCCCUGGACUCUACUUUCCUAGGUACACUUCACCUGGAUUCAAAUCAGCUGACAGAGAUGCCUACCUACGCUUUGACAGAGGCCCCUAACCUGGAGGAGCUCAAACUCUCCCAGAAUUCAAUUCGAUGGGUCGGACCAAAUGCAUUCCAGCGCAUAUCCCAAAGUCUAAAGAGGCUGUACAUGGAUCAGAUGGGAAUGGAGAAGAUUUCCAGGGAUGCUCUAGCAGGGUUGGGCCCUGUGCUGAGGGCUCUCACUUUGAAAGGAAACCAGCUGGAGGAGCUUCCUGACCUGAGCCCACUCACUGGCCUGGAGGUGGUUGACCUGGAGGACAACCCCCUGCUAUGUGACUGUUCUCUGCUGCCACUACGCAGGUGGAUGGAGAAUGUAACUUUGCAGGUGAUUGCUACCUGUGGUCAUCCUCCUGAGAUCAGAGGUCAGAAGGUCCAGGACAUCCAUGUCUUCAGAUCCUGCCCAGAAAGCAUCUCCCCUCCAGAUGAGAAGGUUGUUGUAGACCCCGGACCUGCAAAAUUGAAGAAACCCAAAGCCAGCAUCUCAAGGGCCCCUGGAGUCAAGGUUAAGCCUGCCAAACCCAAAGCUAAACUAUCCAAACCAACCAAGAACAGGCCUCCUGUGACGCAGAGAUUGACGAAGAACAAGAAGACACUAUAAUAAACGAAUAUAACAGUCAUUCCUGGUAUCAUAUCAUGAGUUUGAUUUUGCAAUCUGAUGGACUUCUUUUCCUUUUCAAUAAAG